AUGAUUAUAAAUAAAUAUUUAGAAAAUAUAAGACGAACGUCAUCAUUAAUAUCAUGGUCCAAAAAUGGUUAUAUAGUAUAUGUACCGCCAACAAAAAAAUCAGAACAUAACCUACUAUUAACUUAUUUAGAAAAUAUAAAUGGUAAAUCAUGGCAAUUAUCAAAACCUCAAAUAAUAGAUGUUAAAUUAGAAAAUAAUUUUUUACCUGAAAUUAUAAUGGUUAGUUGGAGUACUUUAAGUACUGAUUUAGCUGUAUCAGAUAUUUAUGGAAAUUUUUAUAUAUUUUUAGCAGGAGUUGGAUUAUUAGAAAGUAAAGAUUCUUCACCAAGUUAUGAAUUAACUUCUUAUAAUCAUAUGGAAAUGAUUUAUAGAGAUAUUAUAAAUCAAGAUUUAAAACUGAGUAUAAAUCCUAAUGCUUCAAUAAUUUCAUUUAAAUGGUUGAAUAUUGAAAAACCUCAAAUAUUAAAUAAACCUGCUAAUUUAAUUAAUUUAGAUCAAUCUUAUUUAUAUACUUAUGGAGUUAAUCAAUAUGCUUCAAAUUCAAUUUCACAUCCAAUACCAACAAAACAAGCAUGUAUUGCAUUAAGAAGUAAUGGAAUAUUAAUGUUAUAUUAUCAAGGAGAACAUAAAGUUGAAUAUCAUAAAAUUUCAACAAAUUUAGGAGAAAAUUUAUCUAUAACAAAAGCAUCAAUUGGUUUUACUAAUGAAAAGCAAAUUAUAAUAACUGUAUAUGAUUCAUUUAAUGAUGAUAUAAUGACUUUUACGCUAGUUAUAGAUUGGGGAUUUCUUGUAGAAUCUGCAAAAAGACAAAAAAUGGAUCCUCAUUAUCAUACACCAAAAGAAAAUCAAAUACUACCUACAUUAACAUUGACUAAAAUCCAUCAAAUGAAACCACAACCACAAUUUAAUGGAGAAUUAUCAAAUCCUUUAUCAUCAAUUGAUAUAAUUACAGCUUCAAUUGAAAAAGAAUCUAAAUUAAGUAUACUAAUAAGUUAUGGUGAACUGAUCAUUCAUAGAUAUGAAGUUGUAGAUGUAACAGAUAUAAUAUCAGAUGCAUUUAAAAAUCAAUCCACUACCACAAAUCCACAACAACAAAAAGCAUUACAAACUAUACAACUAAUGGAUACUAUAAAACGAGAGGGUAAAAUUCAAUCAAUUGUAAAUGGUCCAUCAGAUCUUCAUAGUUUAAUAUUGUAUGAAAAUGGUAAUAUAGAUGUACUAGAUAAUAAAACGUGGAAAAUAAUUGGAGGGGAACAAAAAGAAGAACAAUUCCCACCAACUUAUAUAUCAACAAUGUUUGACGUCGGAUUUGAAUUCCCCAAACCUGAAAAAAAUCAUUUAAUUUUAGCAGUUUCACCCAAUAUGACAUCAAUUGUAUAUACAGAAAUUUAUAGCGACAAUGAUUAUUUAACAAUAAAACCCCUUGAAAAAAAAAGAAAUUUAGGUUUCCAACCAAAAGAAUUAUUUGCAACAUCAGUUGCAUUUGCAUAUAGACAUGCAUAUUCAUGUUAUACAAAUACAUGUUCAGAUGAUUUAAUAAUAUUAAUUCAACAAGAGAUAAAAAGAUUAAAAAAUUUAUUACUUGAGAGCAUGCUGUCUAAAAAUAUAGACAACAUUAAUAUAAUUUUAAAAAAAUUUAUUGAAUCUAUUUUAAGUGAAUGUCAUAAAUCAAUAAAUUUUCAAUUAGAUGCUUUCAGUAAAGAAAGUGUUGAUAAAUUAUUAUCAAAUCCUCCAUUACAAAAAUUAUUAUCAUUACAAUUAAUUUUGGGGGAAUUUAUAAAUAAUCAAAUAAUGACUGAUAUUUCAUGGAUUGUUUUAAAUUUAAGAAGUACAAAUUUUGGUAUAAUGUUUAGUUUAUCAAGUAUAUAUAGACAAAUUUCUAAAAAAAAGCCAAGUGAAGAUACUUUACAAGAUUCAAUUACAAGAGGUGAAUGUAUAUUAUCAUUAAUUGGUAAUAUAAAAUGGUUAAUUGAUUUAAUGGCUUUGUUGAAUCAAGAAUUAUUACAAUUAUCAUAUUCAAAAUCUAAUGGUAACGAGUCAGAUCAACAAUUUCAAAAUUCAAUUGUUUUACCUGUUUUAUUAAGUAAAGUUCCAAGAUUAUUUUUAAUGUAUGCAAUAUCAUCAAUGAGUAAAACUCAUGAAAUUUUAAAAAAAUUACACAAGGAUUUAUUUGAUUCAAAUAAAUUAUUUUCACCAAUGAAAGAAUCUUUAAAUCGUUAUUUUAAUAUUUAUAACAGUGCACCAUUAACAUUACCAAUUUUUGAAAAUUAUUUAAGAGAAUGUGAUGCUUUAAUAUCAAAAGAAUUUGCAAAUAAAUUAUCCAACAGGGAAAAGGGAUUUGGAUUAAAAUUAGAACAAAAAUUAGUUUGUCAUGGUGAAAUAAUUGAUGAUUUAAAAGAUAUUUCCAAAAUGUUAAUUGAUAGAUAUACAAUGAAUAUAAAUAGAGAAACUAAAUUAUCAGAAUUAUAUUUUUAUAAUACAAGUUGGUUAAAUAUUGGAUUUGAAAAACAACAAUUACUUGAACCCACCAAUGCUGAUUUAAUUUAUAAUCAAGAUCAAAUUCAAGAAAUUAUACCAAGAUUAAAAACAAAUCAAGGUAUAAUUGAUGCAUUAAGAAAAAUAUAUAUAUAUGAACCUAAAAUAAGAAGAUGUACAAGAUGUAGAUCUAUUUCAUUAGUAACUGAUCCUUUAGUAUUUGAUGCUCCUGUAACUAUUGGAUUAUGGACAAUGGUAUUUCAAAGAACUUGUAUAUGUGGUAAUACUUGGGUAAACAGUAAAUAG